GUUUCUGCUUGUAUGUAAAUAAAAUUGAAAAAAAGGUGUAAUAAUUAAAGUCUGCAAUUAUAUUUAUAAACUACUGAUUCUUUUUAGUUAUUAGUUUUGAUGAAAAUUGUGAAGGAAAAGAUACAUUAAGAUUUGUCGAUUAUUUAUUGACAAUCAAACAGAAUAAAAGCUCUCUUCUUUCGCUCGGCGCGCACACACACACACACACAGUCGAGCGCGCCGCUGUACCUACUCUAUGCCACGGUCAGGCUUCCAUGCCCGACGCCACAGCCAAAGCAGCCAAAGCAGCCAAAGCAGCAGUGUAAUCGCCGCAGUCGAGCAGGCCGCCUGCAACAACAACGCCAGUCGUCCGCGCAGUCGACCAGCAGCAGUGGGCAUGUUGUUUGCCUUGCCAGUGAUAUUUUGCUCCACCAUCAUGGUCGCCGUCGUCGGCUACUCGGCCCUGCGCCCCUUCAAGCUCAGAUUCGUCUACGACUUUUGCCGCAACCAUUUGAAUUACAAUUACGUGGCCAUCAGGAAUAUCGUGGAGGAUCGGCUACAGGCGAGAAACAAUAAGACGGAGUUGCCCAAAUUGACUGGCAAGGUGGCCGUGGUCACAGGCGGAGCUCGAGGAAUCGGCGUCGAAAUAGUUCGCAUGCUAUUGCAAUGCGACGUCGAAGUUGUGAUAGCUUGCCGUAACGAGUCAGCCGCGGAGAAAACCAUAGCCAGCAUCAGAAAAUCCGGCGUCACUGGCGGAAAGACAAGAGUCAUCAAGAUCGACAACGCGAACUUGGACUCGGUGAGGAAAUUCGUCGCGGAAUUCAAGAAGCACUACUCAAAAUUAGACAUCUUGAUCAACAAUGCCGGCAUCAUGUUCACGCCUUACGGCGAGACCGAGGACGGCUUCGAGAAUCAAUACGGCGUUAACUACCUGUCGCACUUCCUGCUGACGCUGCUGCUCGUGCCGCUGCUGAGCAAGGCCGGCACCGACGAGCGAUACUCGCGCGUCGUCAACGUGUCGUCGUGCGCCCACCUCUUGGGCGACAUUCGAUUCGACGACAUCAAUCACAAGAAAAACUUCAUUACCGGCGAAGCUUACGCCCAGAGUAAACUGGCUCAGCUGCUGUUCACGAAAAAACUCGCCAAGCUGUUCAGCGAGAAGCGACUGCCGAUACAGGUGAACGCUGUCCAUCCGGGAGUCGUGGCUACCGAUCUGUUCGACUACUCGUAUCUCUAUUACUUCAAGCCCCUGAGCAAGAUAUUUUUCAAGACUCCCGUGGAAGGCGCCACGCCCAUAGUCUACGCGGCGGUGAAUCCGACCAUCGAGAAGAAGUCCGGCAUGUACAUAAGCAAUUGUCAAGAUUCGCCCAUAAAUCCAUUGGCCGACGACGAGACGCUUCAGAAUCAAUUGUUCGAUUUGUCGCUCAAGCAGACCCAGAUCGAUGCUACCUUUUGAGCCCACCUUUUUCAUUUAUCUUUAGCGAAUUUAAAGAGCCAGUUGAAUUUUCUUAAAAGUGGAAUAGUUACCACUGAUAGUGAAGUAGUGCGUUUAUUUCGACCUUUAAAAAAGCGUCGAAUAUAGAUUUCUAUUCAUAUAGUAAAGGUGUACAUAUCGAUUCUUUUAUGAGAUAUAUAUAUCCAAGCGGGAGUGAAGAAGUAUUUUCAUAAUAUUACUGCGAUGUAAAUACAAGUAUCAUUCCGAAAAUUUUUCUAUUUAAACUUAAGUGGCUGUUGCGAGUUCGCAGCAAAAACUCGUUGAUUCCAUUUUUCAAUCUUAUAAAAAAAGCAUUGUUACUUAGCAACGUAAUUGCAUUAUUUUUUGUACCAAUUAAAAAAAUUGAGAGCUGUGUUAAUCCACUGAAUCACACUAUUUUCAGUAUUUUAAUUUAUACUUUAUACGUACUUUCAAGUAUAUUUUGCACUCGAAUAAUUUAUUUACGUU